CUGGCAGGCCGACCUGCAGGACCCCAGGCUCAGCUGGGUUCUGUUCCCAUGUUGCAUUUUCAAGGUCCGCUGAGUCCGAGCCCUGCCUGGGUCUGGCUGCUGCCCGCCCGCUCUCUGUGCUGUGCUGAUGCAGAGAUGCUUGUUUUCCUGUGACGUCAGUGUCAGCUCCUCCACAUCCAUGCCGUGUUUUAGUUUGUGCCUCAGCUGCUGGCUACAGCUUCCCGGGGGAGCCGGGUACCACCCGGGCCUGGAGACAUGAGGAGGCAGGGAUGUGAGGGGCGGGGGACAGGACAGCCGGCCUUCCGUUAAAUAUCUGCUCCUCGCGCUCGAGCCUCCCUGCCUAUUGUCGGGCCGGAGGCGAGCCGACACAGCACCAGCUCGUCAAAGGGAAGGAAGAUGCCUCCCUGCACGCCCGCCGCGCACAGAGCAUAAAGAACCUGCGCUGAGGAGGCAGGAGAAGAAAGCCGAAUCCAUCUACCGCCGGGGAGCCAGAAGAUGGAGGAAGCUGUACCGUGCCAACGGCCAUCUCUUCCAAGCCAAGCGCUUUAACAGGAGAGCGUACUGCGGUCAGUGCAGCGAGAGGAUAUGGGGCCUCGCGAGGCAAGGCUACAGGUGCAUCAACUGCAAACUGCUGGUCCAUAAGCGCUGCCACGGCCUCGUCCCGCUGACCUGCAGGAAGCAUAUGGAUUCUGUCAUGCCUUCCCAAGAGCCUCCAGUAGAUGACAAGAGCGAGGACGCCGACCUUCCUUCCGAGGAGACAGAUGGAAUUGCUUACAUUUCCUCAUCCCGGAAACAUGACAGCAUUAAAGACGACUCUGAGGACCUUAAGCCAGUUAUCGAUGGGAUGGAUGGAAUCAAAAUCUCUCAGGGGCUCGGGCUGCAGGACUUCGACCUAAUCAGAGUCAUAGGGCGCGGGAGCUACGCCAAGGUUCUCCUGGUGCGGUUGAAGAAGAAUGACCAAAUUUACGCCAUGAAAGUGGUGAAGAAAGAGCUGGUGCACGACGACGAGGAUAUUGACUGGGUACAGACAGAGAAGCACGUGUUUGAGCAGGCAUCCAGCAACCCCUUCCUGGUCGGAUUACACUCCUGCUUCCAGACGACAAGUCGGCUGUUCCUGGUCAUUGAGUAUGUCAAUGGCGGGGACCUGAUGUUCCACAUGCAGAGGCAGAGGAAGCUCCCCGAGGAGCACGCCAGGUUCUACGCGGCCGAGAUCUGCAUCGCCCUCAACUUCCUGCACGAGAGGGGGAUCAUCUACCGGGACCUGAAGCUGGACAACGUCCUCCUGGACGCGGACGGGCACAUCAAGCUCACGGACUACGGCAUGUGCAAGGAAGGCCUGGGCCCUGGCGACACAACAAGCACUUUCUGCGGAACCCCGAACUACAUCGCCCCCGAAAUCCUGCGGGGAGAGGAGUACGGGUUCAGCGUGGACUGGUGGGCACUGGGCGUCCUCAUGUUUGAGAUGAUGGCCGGGCGCUCCCCAUUCGACAUCAUCACCGACAACCCGGACAUGAACACAGAGGACUACCUUUUCCAAGUGAUCCUGGAGAAGCCCAUCCGGAUCCCCCGGUUCCUGUCCGUCAAAGCCUCCCAUGUUUUAAAAGGAUUUUUAAAUAAGGACCCCAAAGAGAGGCUCGGCUGCCGGCCACAGACUGGAUUUUCCGACAUCAAGUCCCACGCGUUCUUCCGCAGCAUAGACUGGGACUUGCUGGAGAAGAAGCAGGCGCUCCCUCCAUUCCAGCCACAGAUCACGGACGACUACGGUCUGGACAACUUUGACACACAGUUCACCAGCGAGCCCGUGCAGCUGACCCCAGACGAUGAGGAUGCCAUAAAGAGGAUCGACCAGUCGGAGUUCGAAGGCUUCGAGUACAUCAACCCAUUACUGCUGUCCACCGAGGAGUCGGUGUGAGGCCGCUGCGUCUCUGUCGUGGACAUGCGUGAUUGACCCUUUAACUGUAUCCUUAACCACCGCAUAUGCAUGCCAGGCUGGGCACGGCUCCGAGGGCGGCCAGGGACAGACGCUUGCGCCGAGACCACGGAGGGAAGCGUUGGCAGGCGCUGCUGGGGGCAGAACGGUCCCUCACACCUGGGCCCGGGCAGGCCAGCUUCGUGCUGGAGGAACUUGCUGCUGAGCCUGUGUCGCGGUGGCCGCGGGGACCCUGCUGAGGGGCUGUCAUGCAGUUUCCAAGGUGCACAUUUUCCACGGAAACAGAACUCGAUGCACUGACCUGCCCCGCCAGGAAAGGGAGCGUGUAGCGUCCUGAGGAAUAAAAGUUCCGAUGAUGUGGAA